CAGCCAAGGCUGAUGUGGCUUCCUCUCUAAAUAUUGUUCUUUAUUUUAUUUGUUUUAUUUAUUUAAUCGGUGAAAGGUCUGGAUAACAGCAGACAUAUUAAAAUUUUGUAAUUAAAACUGAAGAUGACAGAAUAUGCUCAUGAAAGAAACGCCUGCUCUGUGGAGGGACAUGGUACUUUGAGCUCCCUAAUCAAAUAUUUUGUCUGUGGCGAUAGCUUUAUUCUAAUUCAGCGGAGUUAAUUGUGACGAACUUAGAUGGCAACUAGAGAUCACAAACGCAUUUUAGUUAAAUAAUCGAGAUGCUUUAUCUUCAAAAUUGGUACGAGCAUCGACAAAUUUCGUCUUGAAUAAUUAUUCAAUCGUGUUAGGCAAUUAAGAUAAAAACCUAAAGUGCAAAAACAGGGGAUAUUCAGCAUCACAAAACACCGUACAGUUGAGAAAAAUUCAAGAUCAUGAAAAGUCCUCUUUGUGACGAAUUGCUGAUUCCCAGUGGUGCCCAAUAUGAUGACUUAUAUUCAUGGUACAUUGUUAACUGUGUCUUGAACGCUUUCCUAAUCAUUACUGCCGUCAUAUUGAACAGCAUCACAAUCCAAGCGAUUCAAAAAUCUUCCUCGUUGGCGAAACCUCUGAAAACAUUGCUUCUGAGUCUUGCUGUCUCUGAUCUUGGUGUUGGUUUACUUGUCCAGCCUUUCUACUUUGGGCUUCUCGUCAAAUGGUUACAGCAAGGCAAUUCAACUGAUGCAGUAUGCAACGCGUUUAUCUUUGUCACUUACUUAUUUUCUGCAGCCUCGUUUUUUGGUGUAAUAGCCUUGAGCGUUGAUAGAUUCUUGGCGAUUCAUCUUCACCUCAGAUACCAGGAACUUGUUACUCACAAGCGGGUAGUUGCUGCAGUGAUCUCAAAUUGGGUGUUUAGUGCAUUUGUUUCGUUAUUCAACUGGCGGGUCUCUACGAAUAUUACCUCCGUUGUUUUUGCCAUUAUUGGGGGAAUGUGUCUCGCAGUCUCAGCGGCGCUUUAUUUCAAGAUUUAUUUUAUCGUGCGUCGCCACAGAGUUCAAAUUCAAGCCUUGCAAAUACAGCAAGUAACACAAAAUGGCGAAGAGAUGGCGAAUAUUGCAAGGCUGCGAGGAUCUGCCAUUGGUACAUUUUACGUUUACCUACUGGCUCUGCUCUGUAAUUUGCCGCAAUUUUGUAGUUUCGCUGUUGUUGCAAACUCUGAAUUAAGUACCGGUAUUAAAGCUUUUGAUAUUUCUUCAGGUACCUUGAUGUUAAUGAACUCAUCUUUGAACCCAGUAAUUUACUGUUGGAAGAUGAGACAAGUUCGAAGCGCUGUUAUGGACAUACUGCGAAAUAUAUUUUCAAAUAAGAACUACGGAGGGGAACGAAUGCAAAUUCAUGUGUGUGCCCGAAAGGAGAAUUCUUUGGACAAGAGGAAUAACCGAAUUUUGAAGGCAAACUAAAUUAAAAGAUGGUUAAAACACAUUAUAUUGAAACACGCAAAGCCUGAAACGUCCACGGGUAUUAUUUGUUGAACAUUCGAAUAACGUGUAUAUAUUUAUCGGCAAAGUUGUCAAUGUUGUCUGAUGUUGGUUUUAUAUUUUCUUUAUAAAAUAAAGCGCAUGCGCAUUGUGAACUCGUAUCACUCCCUGCAUACAGGUGGAAAUUGUACCGAUAAGUUUUGUCACUGACUUGAGGUGGAGAGGUAUACAUAUCUCGUUUAAUCUGAGUGGUUUAUAUCAAUUGACAAAAGUUUACAGGUGAUUCUUUACGAAAAGCCGAGUUUUCACCACGACGUCGAAUUGAACGGUUAACGGUGUCUUAGAGCUUAUUUGUUUACUUAUUUUUAUUUUAUUUUAUUUUUUUUAUUGCUAAACACAUAAUUACUUACAUUGCCUUACACUACUUACAACACGACACAAUACUUAACCUACUCACAAUACACUACAUUAUUGUUUUCAUCAUCAUCAUUAUUAUUAUUAUUAUUAUUAUUAUUAUUAUUAUUCUUUCUAAUACUUUUACUGUCUUACAAACGUCACUUACAAUACAUCAAAAAAAAACCAACUAUUUACAAUACUUGGCAUUACCUUACCUACUUAUGAAAUGCUUAGUUAGUACUAAUACAGUUUUAAAUGUCAGUCUGCGCUUCAUUUACACCCUUACAAAAUUGCAUAAAAAAGGUGAGGAAGAGAACUCUUUCAUUGUUUACUUUGAACGACGCGUUUCUGCGAAAAAUUAGUUAAUUAGCUAAAAGUCAAGUUGUUUACCUUGCGAUAACAUUUAUUUUUUCGAAGUUUUAUUCUAGCUCUUUCCUUUACUAAGUGCGUUUGCAAAGUGAAAGUUGCCUUAAGCAAUACAGUUUUAUAGAUUCUAAAAAAAUUGUAUCAAAAAAUUUUUAUUACACGAAAACUGUUUUGUUUUUUUUUCGUUAUUUUAAAAGUGGAAUCCUAUUGUCCGUUUUGA